AUGGUCCGUCGUCUUUCGUCAAUCCAACAGCUCGCGUACCAGACUUGCAUCUCUCUCUCUCUCUCUCUCUCUCUCUCUCUCUCUCUCUCUCUCUCUCUCUCUCUAACUUCUCUGCCUUUGUGUCGUUAUAUUUCUUUUCUUUUUUGUCUUAACAUCAUUCUUUUAUUUUCCUGCUCUAAGAAAUAUCUUUCCUUUUUCUGUUUUAACGCCGUUUUUCUCUUUUCAUAUUCUGAGUCAUUUCUGUUUUUUCGACCAUUCUUUCCUUAUAGUUUUAUAAGAAUUUUCUUUUCAAUUUCUUUCUUAAGCCCGUUCCUUCAUUUUCCUAAUCUGAGACAUUUCUUUCUUUUGCUGUCUCAUGACCUUCUUUACUUUUCCUAUUCUGAGACAUUUCUUUCUUUUGCUGUCUUACGACAGUUUUUUUUUUAUUUUUCCAUUUUAAGUAAUUUCUGUUUAUUUCUUUUUUUCUAUCUUUUCUGUUCUUUCCUUUGCUUGUUCAAAGAAAUUUCUGUUCUUUUUCUGUCUUAUGACCGUUCUUUUAUUUUCCUAUUUUUUAGAGAUUUUUUUUUUUCUGUCUUAAGACCCUUCUUUUAUUUUCUCAUUUAUAGAAAUUUCUGGUCUUUUUUCUAUCGUAAGUCCGUUCUUUCCUUUCCCUGUUUCUUUUCUUUUUCUCUCUUCCAAUCAUUUUUUUUUCCUGUUCUGAGAUAUUUCUUUUCCUUUUCGGUCUUAAAACCAUUCUUUUUUUCCAGUUCUAAGAUAUUUCAUUUCUUUUUUUGUCUUAAGACGGUUCAUUUAUUUUCCUCUUCUAAGACAGUUCCUUUUUUCUAA